AGUAGAAGUGAUCAUUCUCUCAUAACAGACCUUGCUUACCAGACAUGUCGGGGAUUUUAAGAGGACUUUCUGCGGUACGCUCCGUACCUGUGGUGCGCAGUGUAACCAUGUCUCAACGCGCCAAUCUUGCCAACAGGGCAGCCAAAGACCCUCUUGGUCCAGCGGAGACUGCGAUUGGCCUCACAUUGUUCUCCCUCGCAAUCCUGGGCCCGUCAGGCUGGAUCUUGGCCAAUCUGGAAAGUUAUAAGAAGAAGGAAUAAUGAAGGUGUCCGGGCUGGCACGCAGGCGUCCUUCUGAUUUCAUUUCUUUACAACCCAACAUGGGACCAUCAACCCAACCACCUCUGAUGUUAAUGUGGAUCAAAUUUGGACUUUAUCUACCUCCACCUCUAGCAGUUUACGUUCCUGUCACUCCAGUCUUCAAAACAGUCAAGAAAAAUUCCUGCACAAUUACUUGAGCUUGGUUUUAUCUGCUUUUACUCCCUUAGGGGACCUGUUACAGCAACAAUAAAACUGUAUUUAAACAUUUGAA